AGAUCUGCGGCGAGGAUGGAGGGCCCUCGCGGACCAGCCUGCUAGCUCCACCUGGGAGUCACCGCAGAGCCGUGGAAUCCCGCGCCCUUAAAACUUCCAGAGGGGCCUUUUGCAUCACAAAGUGGCCUGAGAGGGUUCUGUCUUUAUUUUGGUGAAGCACAGAAGAGGAUGCUGCAGACAUGUUUAAUCCACACGUAUUAGAUUCUCCAGCUGUGAUUUUCGACAAUGGCUCCGGGCUCUGCAAGGCGGGCCUCUCUGGAGAGAUUGGGCCCCGCCACGUCAUCAGCUCUGUCGUGGGGCACCCCAAGUUCAAGAUGCCCUUGGCGGGAGCCAAUCACAAGAAGUACUUUGUGGGAGAAGAAGCUCUGCACAAGCAUGAGGUCCUGCACCUGCGCUACCCCAUCAAGCGGGGCCUGGUCACAGGCUGGGAAGACAUGGAGAGACUCUGCAAGCACCUGUUCGAGUGGGAGCUGGGGGUGAAGGCCAGCGACCGGCCCGUGCUCAUGACCGAGCCGUCCCUGAACCCCAGCGAGGUCCGGGAGAAGAUGGCCGAGAUGAUGUUUGAGAACUUCAAUGUGCCUGCUUUCUACCUGUCAGACCAGGCUGUGCUGGCCCUCUACGCCUCAGCCUGCGUCACGGGCCUGGUGGUGGACAGCGGGGACGGAGUCACUUGCACUGUCCCCAUCUUCGAAGGGUACUCCCUGCCCCACGCGGUCGCCAAGCUCUAUGUGGCGGGGGGGGACAUCACAGAGCACCUCACGCGGCUGCUGCUGGCUAGCGGGCAGUCCUUCCCAUGCGUGCUGGACAAGGCCCUGGUGGACGACAUCAAGGAGAAGCUGUGCUAUGUGGCCCUGGAGCCAGAGAAGGAGCACUCCCAGAGGCCGGAGGAGGCCCUGAGAGAGUACAAGCUGCCAGACGGGAACAUCAUCUGCAUCGGGGACCAGCUGCACCAGGCGCCUGAGGCCCUGUUCGCACCCGACCAGCUGGGCAUCCAAAACCCGGGCCUCUCAAAAAUGGUCUCCUGCAGCAUUACCAAGUGUGAUGCAGACAUCCAGAAGACCCUUUAUGGGGAGAUUGUGCUGUCCGGGGGCACCACUCUGUUCCAGGGCCUCGACGACCGUCUUCUGAGAGAGUUGGAGCAACUGGCUUCCAAAGGGACCCCCAUCAAGAUCACGGCUCCCCCUGACAGGUGGUUCUCCACAUGGAUUGGUGCCUCCAUCGUCACCUCCCUGAGCAGCUUCAAGCAGAUGUGGGUCACCUCCGCAGAUUUCAAGGAGUUUGGGACAUCCGUGGUUCAGAGAAGGUGCUUCUGAGGGGCUGUGGGCAAGGGGUGGGCGUGGGCAGUGAGCUCGCCCCUCAGCAUCAGCAGGGUGUUCAAUAAAAGACAAAACAGUGUGCAACCUCUGGU